AUGGGGUUAUGCAUUUCAUGCUUGGGUGGCCGUAAUUCAGAUGAUGAGUACGAUGAAACAACGUCACUACUAAGGAGAAGCCAACAAGGAGGCUUCGACCAGUUGCAAGAGGAGGAGUUAAUAAAACAACAACAGAGACAACAAGAGCUCAGCAAUAUAGUGAAUGAUUUAUCAGAAAACUUGAUUGAUGUCACUUCAUUUUUAAACAAGGGUAACAUGUCUGGAAUCCAAUCACAGUCGCAAUCCCAGCUACUUCAAUCCCAUUUGAACAACGGCGAAGGCAUCACAAGUGCUAGCAAUGACGAUAUAAACGUUGGCAAAGACGCAAAUGGAGGUGCAAGAACGUUUCCUUAUGUCUACAGUCAAAGUGAUAAAGAAAAGGUGGUUGAACAAACAAGGAAACUUCCUGAUAGUUUACGACAGGGAUGCCAAACUUCCAUUAAAGAGCCCUUAUUUUUGAAGUUUUAG